GGCCGGAGAUCCGUUAGCGAGCGUGGAGCGCCGGCCGGCCGGUGGUCCCCAAUAGGCUGGAACCCACCGGCGGAGGACGGCCAGGACCACGUGGGCAUUUCUGAUCCCGAGAGCAUACGGAUAACGAAAAAAGAGAAUGUCCUCGAUGAACGUGAUCCGAGAUAUGAUGCCAUGCUUAGCAAGAUGGUGGGUAAAAUUACGACAAAACCAGGGGGGAAACUGGAAAUGGGCGAGGCUUAUGUUGUUGAAAAGUAUAAUAGACCCCUGCCAAAGCUUCGCAGUUCAAAAGCUGAAAUCAGCGGCGAUGACCAAAAAUCAGGCCCUCCAGGAACCCUAACUGCCGUACAACUGCAGCAGAUCAUCCUUCUGCAUCAGGGCAAAUCUGAGCAGCAUCAAGGUCCGAUGACGAUUCCUGAUAUUGCUAAAGAAUUUAGAAUUGAUGCUGCUCAUGUGGAGAGCAUUGUUCGAUUCGUUUCCAUGCCUCCGGAAAACAAUACUAAGAACAACAAAUAAUGAUUCAUCUUGUAUCCUCUGAUGUAGCAGCGGUUCUUGUAUGUGAAAUAUCACAGGAGUUUUUCGAGCCUGAGGAGCUUCGGGUUAGUUUAGGAACCGUACGCCUGCGGUUCCUGCUAGAACUUCAUGUACCAGCUUAAUUUCAAUGUGGAGAAAGAUAAAUAACGAAUGAGAUGUCAUCGUUUUGAUUAGCUUUUUACAUCGUGGAAUUCUUGCUGUUAAAGUUUGAUUUUACUUUCAUAGAAUC